ACAAGCUACAAUUAAAGGAUUAUACAUUAACUAACUCUGGACUAUAGUGUAAAAAGAACGCGAAAACUCUCGGAAUCAAUCCUGAGAAGAUCAUUGUUGCCGGGAGCAGCGCGGGAGGCAAUCUCGCGCCGGUCGUGGCCAUAAUGGCUAGGGAAAAUGGCAUUACCGGCAUCAUCGCCCAAGUCCUUCACUUCCCCGCCGUCUGCCAUCCCAAGUUCUUCCCCCGGGAUAAAUAUGAAUACGGCAGUUACAUUCAAAACUCGGAAAAUCCUGUUCUUAGCACUCUAAGGAUGGAGGCUUUCCUUAGGGCCUAUAAUCCUAACACUAAACCUGACUAUAGGCAUUCGCCUCUGCUUGCAGAAUCACUUACGACUCUUCCGCCAGCAUUGAUACAAUGCGCAGGCUAUGAUAUUCUCCGGGACGAUGCUUUCGCAUAUGCCGAAGCUCUCCAGGCUGCGGGUGUUGACGUUGAGAUAUACGGUUAUCAAGGUGUACCGCACUGUUUCCCUGCUGUCAUCCCCACCCAUCCUAGCACGCCGGUAUUCUACAAGAGGUUUAACAAUUUCUUGAAGAAGCAUGCGACUAGUUCCCUUCAUGAGAAAUGAAGUAACUAUGGCAAUAGGGAGAUGCAUUUGAUAAAGACUUCGCGCGCAUGGUAAAAUCAACGAUAGGGUUGAGAAUGAUAUGAGCAUAUUUUUAGUGUCUGUUUAGGCGUAAUGAGAUUCGUAUAAAUUUUUUCCAUCAUAGUUAGUAUUUGCUGCACGAUCAUAAGAGGCACUUAAGUUAUUCUUUUCCAUAUACUUUCCCAUAAUAACGUCACAAUCACGAUACACUCAAGUGUAU